ACUGGGGGUAAGGAGGCCAGAGAAGCCUCUGCUGCACUCAGGGUUCUGAUGCAGGAUGACCUGGUGGGAUCAUAGAGGAGGAGGGAACAGGGUGUGACGUGAGAACUGAGGAAGCAUCAGCAUGUCCUUAGGCUUCCUGGGAUUCAGGUGAAGAUGUAGAGAAAUUCACAAAGUAGACAUGGAGGGAGAAACACAGAGCUGAAUAACAGAAUCCAGGAGAAGAGAAUUCCCAGGAAUACAGGGAUUGUGAUUCAGAAAGAGAGACCCUGGCAGGGCAAGCGCCUCAGAAAUCCAGUAACAUGCGAUGUGGUUUCCUGGGGCCAGGAGCCUACUUACUGGCAGGGCCUGAUCUGUUAGGGCUACUGGAAAGGAAGGCAGGAGAAGCCAUGUGUCAGCAGGCGGAAGCAUGCAGAAAGUACAGGAGAGGGUGACCUUCUGUCCCACGGUCCCUGACAUCGAGGCUUCCUGGGUCAGCGCAGACUGUGCCCAGGACCCUGGAACAGAGGAGGCAGGCACAGAGAGGUCCAUGGAGGUGAACCACCCAGCACCCCUCAGCCUCUUGGAACUUGCAGCCCACAGCCUGCUGAGCAAUGAGGCUUCAGUUCCACUGGUGUUGGAACAGCUCACAGUGAACCUUUUCCCGCCACUACUCACUGCUGCAUUUGCCAAGGGGCACAGAAAGGCUCUGAAGGCCUUGGUGCAGGCCUGGCCCUUCCGGUUUCUCCGUCUGGGCUCUCUGAUAGUGCAGUGGCCCAACCAAGACAGCCUGCAAUCUGUGGUGGAUGGGCUGGAGGCCUUUUCUGCCCACAGGGCUUGUCCCAGGAAGUCAGAACUGAGGAUGCUGGAUUUCACCCUGGACUCUGAGCAAGUCCUUUACUGUGGUAAAGGGGCUUCUGAAGCCUUGGCCAAGUUCCCAUUUUGGUUACCAUCAGCAGUCAAGGCAGAGGUGCCCCAGGCCACGGCCAGGCCCAAGCCAGCAAAGAACACGAAAAAAGGACGAAAGCAGCCAUGGGAAGCAGUGGAAAUACACAUUGAUCUUUUCCUGCGAGGCUUCUUCAAGUUAGAUAAGUUCCUCUCCGACCUCCUGACGAAAGUGGAACAGAGCCACGGGGCCCUGCAUCUCUGCUGUAGGAAGUUGCACAUUGAGAAGAUGGCCGUCGACAGUCUGCUGAGGAUCCUGAAGACACUCAGGCUGGAUUUCAUCCAGGAGCUGGAGGUGUUUUACUGGUGUAGAAACUUCUUGGUAUUGGCAGAGCCAAACCUAUCUGCCAUACAGCUGGGAAGGAUCUUCAACCUGCGCAGCCUCAAGCUCUUCUACUACAAGUGGGCCUUCUCCUCAUGGGUCAGGCGGCCCUCCAGCUACUUCUUCUCCCAGCUCACCAUGCUGGGCCACCUCCGGAAGCUGCACCUGUCUCACUCCUACCUCGUAGGCAAACUACAUUAUACUCAGAGCCACCCUUCUCUCCUCAGCUGUCUGUGGGUCCCACUACAUUCCCUGGAGAUCUGCAACUGCAAGCUUCUGGACACUGACAUCACCUACUUGUCCCGGAGCCAUCAUACCACCUGCCUGAAGAAGCUGGAUCUGAGCAUCAACGACCUGUCCUACGUGAUCCCUGGGCCCUUGGGGACCCUGCUGAGGGCGGUCUCAGGGACACUGCAGCACCUAGACCUGAAACACUGCUGGCUGAAGGAUGCCCACCUCAGUGCCCUCCUGCCCACCCUGUGCCGCUGCUCCCACCUCAGUUCCCUGAGCCUGUCCGACAACCCCAUCUCCAGUGCCUGCCUCCUGAGCCUGCUGGAGCACACGAUGGGGCUGAUGGAGCUGAAGCAGGUACUCUAUCCCAUCCCAGUUGACUGCUGCAUCUACCUGCAUGGCGUCUGCCGGGGUCCUGUGAACGAGGACAAGCUGUGCCAGUUGCAGGCCGAGAUACAGAAGCAGCUGCAAGCCAUGCAGCAGGCUGACAUGCAGUGGAGCCCCUCCACUGUCUUUGCUUAUGCAGCUGGUGCAGUUUGAAUGAAGAACAGGAGCCAGGCUCAGGGAACAGAAGUCAGAGAGGGCAGCUGGAAUCACAGCUGAGGCCACAUGUUGU